GGGAGGAAACAGGAGGGAAAGGAGUGGCUUUCUGUAGAUAGCUGUUCUUUCUGCCAGAGCUCGCCCUCUCAGUGGCGGCUUUAGGAGUGACAAUAGAGGAGCCGACUGGGACAGAGGAAACGGGGAGAAAACACAGCCAACCUCUACAUUGUCUCAGUCAGCGCAAUGGCGUCGGUUACUCCGCAAAAGAGGAUGGUGUCCUCCGUCUUCAUCACGCUGGCGCCCCCUUACAAAGCCACCGUCACGCAGCACCAGCAUGCACGCACACACAGCGCUACCGCCAAUGACCCGCCACAUACGUCCGCCCAGCGGGUCAACCCCGACGCCAGCAGCACCCGCAAGCCCAGUGUCAGCGGCACUCAGCAGGGCUCCACAAGCAUGCGGGAGAGAGCUCCGUCUGGGUCCCAGGUAGAGACACAGAGCCGGGUCCAGAGCGCAACACCUUCCCCGGCAAGACCCUCAGAAUCCAGACCUCCACCGAGCCCAGUGACCUGUGACCUCAGCCUUGGAUUGGGAGUCAAACAGCGCACAAAUACCACAGCUGGCAGAGGUCCUGAAGAGCUCCUCCCUCCCCCUCCCCCUUCUGUCCUAUCUGUGGCCACUGAGUUGAUUGAGGAUCCUGCAUCUCUCCUGCCUCCUCCACCCAUACCAGCACCCCACACUGCCCCCCUCCUCCAGCAUGAGUCCCCAGACAGACCACCAGUGUCUGACCAACUAAGCUCUGAAGCAGAUAGACAGCCAGAGAAAAGCGCACCCUCUAGUGGGAGGGACCCCAACAAACCAUCCCAGUGGAUCCCAAGCCAUCCAAAGGAGCAUCUAGAGACAGCAGAGACCAAGGAUGUGUGUGGUUUCUGCCGCAAGCCUGUGGCGCUGAGUGAAGCUGCCAUAGAGGCUCUUAACAGGACAUACCACGCCACCUGCUUCCAGUGUAGACAGUGCCACAUUCCUCUGGCUGGUAAAAUGUACUAUAACAAGGCAGGAAUACCACUCUGUGAGGACUGCUACCAGGCCAGUUUGGAACUUUGCUGGGCUUGUGGAGACGUUAUUAAAGACCAAGUUAUCCGUGCACUGGAGAGAGUUUACCACCCAAAUUGUUUUAUAUGUUCAACGUGCAGCCAACAGAUCGGAGAGCAGAGAUUUGCUCAGGGAGAGGUUGGGGAAGUGUACUGCCUACAGGAUUACUACAGGAAAUACGCUCCCCGGUGCAGCGCAUGCCAGCAGCUGAUCAUUCCAAGAGAGGACGGCACCGACAGCUACACGGUGGAGUGCCUGGGUCGCUCCUUCCACGAGGAUUGCUAUCGCUGUGAGGUCUGCAGUACUCAGCUCUCCCCAGAACCAAACGAAUAUGGCUGCCAUCCACUGGACGGGAGGGUGCUGUGCAAGCCUUGUCACCUGACCAUGGUUCAGUCUGCACAGCUCUGAUGUUAAACUCAGAACCAGGGCCUGUGUUCACACACUGCUGAUCUAGGAUCAGUUUGGCCUUUUAUAUCAUAAUGAAUAUCUGAUUAAUUUGACUUUAUGGAAAUGGCGGACCUGAUCUUACGUUAGUAUUCUUUCCCUGAAACACUGUGAAUAUAGGCCAAGGAAUCAGGGCUGGAUUCAGAGCCAGAGCUGAUCUAAUCGGCACAGACAUCCAAAUGUGCAAUGGAGCCAAUGGAGAGGCCGGCUGAAAGUCAACAGUGUCUUGUUUGGAUUGUAAGGGAGAAUAAUCAAUGACGCUUGGGGGGAAGAUGUGACUUCCUUAUUCUGCAUUAUGGGAAUAAAUUGUUGGACCUUGAA